UUAGAGAGUCGUCAGUGUGUGCUCACCUGUGCCGUCAUGCUGCAGCCGCGUGAGAGGCAGUUUGAUUAUUAAUCUUGUAUAACUGGACCUUGGAUCGUUAGCCAUUAGAGGGAAAACGCAGGAAAACUUGGGGCAGCAAGAAGAAAAUGGAAUCUGGCAAGCAGAUAUCUGGGACGCUUAUUCUUGCAGUGCUCACAGCUGUCCUUGGAUCUUUUCAAUAUGGAUACAGUAUUGGUGUUAUCAACGCUCCACAGAAGGUUAUUGAAGCACAUUACAGACUGGUAUUGCACGGAUUUCAGAAUGAAUCACUCGUCUCCAGUGAAAGCACUGUAUCUGUGCAUCAGUCUGUUACCAUGUACUGGUCCCUUUCGGUAUCUGUCUUCUCCAUUGGAGGCAUGUUCUCGUCAUUUCUAGUUGGAUGGGUUGCUGAAACACUGGGCAGGGUAAAAGGAAUGCUAGCUAUAAAUAUUCUAGCCAUUUUUGGGAGUCUGUUAAUGGGAUUGGCUAAAUUUGGCCCUGCACACAUAAUGGUCAUUGCAGGACGAACAGUACUUGGGCUUUACUGUGGACUGUCAUCUGGGCUUGUUCCAAUGUAUGUUGGAGAGAUUUCUCCUACAGCUUACCGGGGUGCAUUUGGGACACUCCAUCAGCUUGCAAUUGUCACUGGAAUUCUAAUCAGUCAGGUUAUUGGAUUGGAUUUUCUGCUUGGAAAUGAGUCAUUGUGGCCUAUACUGCUUGGAUUGUCGGGUGCUCCAGCUAUACUUCAGAUAGUGCUGCUUCUGCUAUGUCCAGAGAGCCCCUGUUAUCUCUACAUCAAACUUGGGAAGGAGCAAGAAGCACAAAAAAAUUUAAGAAAACUCAGGGGUGGACAAGACAUAACACAAGACUUAGCAGAAAUGAACAAUGAAAAGGAGGAAGCCAAGAAACAGAAAAAAGUUUCAGUUGGACAGUUGAUCAUUCGGCCUACAUAUCGGCAGCCCUUGAUUGUUGCUUUGAUGCUGCAUCUUUCCCAACAGCUAUCAGGAAUUAAUGCAAUAUUUUACUAUUCCACUGGAAUUUUUGCCAGCGCUGGAGUAAGACAACCAGUCUACACUACCAUAGGAGUCGGUGCAAUUAACUGGAUUUUCACUCUCAUCUCUGUACUACUUGUUGACCGAGCAGGAAGACGAAGACUAAUUUUGAUUGGCUUGGUGGGAAUGUGCCUUUGCGCUGUUGUCAUGACAGUUGGCCUGACUCUAGCGACAACAUUGCCUUGGAUGAGCUACUUGAGCAUAGCAGCAAUCUUUCUCUUCGUCAGCUUGUUUGAAAUUGGUCCUGGGCCUAUUCCCUGGUUUUUUGUGGCGGAACUAUUUAACCAGGGCCCAAGACCAGCAGCCAUAGCCUUAGCAGGCUUUUGCAACUGGGCAUCCAACUUUCUCAUAGGCUUGUGCUUUCCACAUAUCGAGGCCCUUUGUGGAAGCUACGUCUUUGUUAUCUUUGCUGUGUUGCUCUUCUUCUUCGCAUUGUUCACUUACUGCAAAGUGCCAGAAACAAAGGGCAAGAGCUUUGAAGAAAUUGCCGCAGAAUUCCGGAAAAAGAAACUAACUAAGCUUUCAGGAGCACAAGCAGUCACAGAGAUGGAACACCUAGGAGGUUCAUCAGAUGCCUAAGAAUGCCCAGGAUUCAUUUCUUUGUCAUCCUCAGAAUGGGAUGGUACUAGAGUUUAAUGUUUACUAUGUAAGGCUCAAUUUAGUCUUUUGAAUACUGCAACAAUUUUUUGAAAAGCCUCUUUAUGCUUCACUUACCCCUUACUGUUUUACUGCAUUGCCCUUUGCCUUAUGCACAGCCUGAACAAAUUUACACUGUCAAAUGCUGCCUUACACCUACUCAAAAAUACUUCUGCUUCAAUUCACUUGAACAGUUAUAUAAUAUAGUGCCUUUCAUGGCUUGCACAUUCAUUUAUUCAUUUGCAUCUUUCACAAGUGGAUUCCAAGAAGAUUCAGAGAUAGGCACAGGGGCAUAUGCUACUAAUAACUAGAUACUCAAGGUGAAUUACGUGCAUUACAUAUUUAUUUUUAGGUAUCAUAUAUAUUACAAUCCCAUAUGUAUUUACUAAAAUCUACAUUACAUGAAUUUCAGAAUUGCAUAUUUGACUUUCCCAGCUACAUCGCAAACACUGUCACAAACCACUUGGAUACACAGUGGUUAUACUGGCUGGAUGUAUAUUAAUAAUGAUUGCUUAAGAAAAUUAUGCCUUGGGGUCAUCUCUUACACUGUUGCAUAGCAUUUCUAACUUGAAUCACAGUCCACUUGCCCUAAUCUAAUUAUUUUUAGACCACUCUUACAAUGAAAAGUGUGAUUAUGAAAUCAAAAGGAGGAUCAGUAUGGCUAAAGAUGCCUUCAUUAAGCUGAAGAAGGCCUGUUGCAAUAUUAUGGUCAGUAUGAAGACUAAGAUCAGGAUUCUAGAGUUCUAUGUCAUUCUUGUUCUCAUGUACUAUAUGGAUCAGAGUGUUGGGCAAUUUUACUAACAAUGGAAAAGAGAAUUGCAUCAGCAAAAUUGUGCUUCCUAAGGGGAAUUAUGAAAGGCAGCUGGACAAGCCACACUACCAAUGAGGGAGCUCUGUUAAGAUCUGGGUACAGAAAAAGGUUGCUGUCAACUAUCAGAAACAGACAGAUGGGAGUUUUUCAGCCAAAUAACCAAAAAAAGAAGAUAUGAAAAAUCUGGUAAUUAUAAGAAAAGAUAAACGAAAAAGAGAUCAUGGAAGACAGAGACUAACUUUUGUGAAGAGUCUUUUUGAUUGGAUGAGAAUGGACAGUUUAAAGAUUAUUUUUGCCUCAUGGGAUAAAGUGUUAGGAUGGUGAUAGUCACCAGCGUUAUGUUUGGAAAUAUACCUAGAAGAUUAAGAUCUAUUUUUCUGGUGGCAAAGUAACAGAGCUUAUUUGUUCUGGUCUCAGCCAAGUCAGGUUAUUAAAGCUUCAUAUGACACCAUGGACACAACUACAUUAGCAGAAUGUAGAGUGGCCACCCUGCCGUAUUACAAUGUGUUUGAGGUGAGGCCUAUAUCGAUAGGUAGAAGGGGAAUAUUUCACAUACAUAGUUACUGGGCUGGAUAUCAAAUUCUGCAUCCUUGAGCUCAGAGACUGUAGGGCCACCUCUGCACCUCCAUGCCAUCUAUACUGCAUGUCAUUACAUCUAAUUAUAAAUCUUAAUAGAUAUUUAAUGAGAAGUGUUAAUUCACAAAACAACUGAAGGUCUUGACCAUAAGUUUCAUACAGUUGCAGGACAGCAAGCCCACAGAGACCCAUAGGCUGAGCAUAAGGUAUUGCCAUUAAGGGGAAUUCCUACAUUAAUCUACUUAAACUGUCUGUUACAAAACUAUAUGAAUGAAAAGGCAACAAAGGGUGAAGUGAAAUGUUUCAAAACAUAUGAAGAAAACUCACAAAUAAUGACCUCCAUAAACAAAGAUUGCCUUUUUCAGAAAGCAGUUGUAAAAGAAAGUCAGUUCAAAUUGUCAGUUAUUUACUUUAACACAGAUUUGUUUUAUAAAAGAUACUUCUAAAAAGACACAAAUGCAUUAUUCAUUUCUUGACUGAAAAAAAAAUAAUGUUUUUAUUUGUUAACUAGGAAAAGAAAAACUGUUUAUACAUAGUGAUUGGGUGCCAGUCAGAACCCUAAUAUUUGAAAUGGAGGCUUUCUGAAUGGACUCUAUUGUUUCAGGGUGAAGUUCACAAAUUACUCUUACACUAGUAGAAAUAUGUAAAUGAUUUAUCAAACCUCUUAAUAUUGUCUUGACUGUUCCUUGUUGUACUGGUUAUGUCAUAGGAUUGGAUAGCUGCUGCCAUAUUAUACUCUAAACCUACAAGUACUAUACCAAGGUAUGAUACUAAAUAGAAAAAUGAAUCUAGUUUUCAUUUUCAGAAUAUCUAAAUGAUAUUAAUCCAUUGUGUAUUUGUGUGUUUACAUUUCAUAAGCUUUCUUCCUUUAGCUACAGCAUGAAAAAAGAAAUAUCAUGAAUCGAAGUAUGGCACACCUCUAAUUCCAUUCAGUGCCUGAUAAGAAAAAUACACUAAUACAGAACAUUCUUUUUAUUUUUAGUUUCAGAAUUUCCUGUACAUUACAAUGUAUUUCUGUAGUUCUGACUCUGAAUCUGUCAGGCAGGCUUUGUGACAACACUUUUUUAUUUGAGGUUAAUUGAAUCGUUGCCUACUGCACCUUUUUGUGACCUUUAAUGACAAUGUCCUGCUUGAUGUUUAAAGUGUGGCUCUCACCAAUUUUACUUUAUUUUUAUAAAAUGUUCCCCUUACAAGUUUUGUAGGGUGUUUUAAUCUGCUUUAAGUACUGCAAGUGGCAUGAAGUGCAGAGCACUGAUAUCUGUGAAGAGCCCAGCUUUUACCACAGGAAGUUACAAAUUAACUAAAGUGUGUCCACUGCUCAGCUCUGGCUAAGUGCACAACGGAAAACUCAACAAACACAAAGAGUGCUGUGUAUGAGGCAUGGGUUUUCAGUCAGGCAGAAUGCAGUGCUCAGCACUUUGGAAGCUUUCUCAGCAGCCUUUCUGUGCUCCAGCUUUUUAAUUGUUAGGUCUAAUGAGGUCACAGCGCUGGUCAUCUGCAGCACUGUGGAAGAGAUGAACUAGAAGAAGAAAAAUGUGGUAUAUUUAUUAAGUAAUUGCAUUAAUUGUUUGCUUGUUUGGCUUAUGAAGGGGGCAUACACUCCCUGAAAAAAAAAUUGAAUGCUAGCCUAAAAAUACACACAGAUUUCAAAACAGGCAGAGAACAACAGAACUCUUGAACUUUAAAGACAAAUAGCACUUAGCUUGACUUUUGAUACUGGCACAAACAAGCAGAAAGGAGCAGAUCAUUAUCAUCAUAACUGAAAAUGUUCAGCUAAGCUUUGGCUAUAUAAAAGAUUCUGCGUUUGACCUUCAGUUAUAUCUUGUUUUCUACUUUAUCUUUUUAUAUUUCAAAAAGUCCUUCUUUUAUGAUGCAAAUAACAAUACUAUACUGGUGUAUAUGUAUAUGCUAAGUCUAUAUGUAUAUACAUACAUAUACAUCAUACAUUGGUCUGGAUAAUCACCACAGUGACAAACUUAUCACCAUUUACAGUGCAUACUUCACUUACAUUGUAGGUAAAUCAGUUACAGCACCCAUAAAUAAAUGUUUACCCUUCUGGAA